AUGGUUAUAACUAAGAAAGAGGGCGAGUAUGUUCCUGUAGACCCUAACUUUAGGCCUCUACCGAAGUUCGGCCAUUUCAGCGAGUCUGAUCAAGAGUACGCAAAUCUCAGGCCGAUGCUGAAUAGCAUGAUGGAGGGCUUGUGGCCGCCUGAGACGUCUUUGGAAGAUUUUCGCAAAGCCUGGCUCAACAACCCACCGACGCCUGAAGAAUGCCCUAUAGAGGCCAAGGACGUCCUUACUGAGACACGGAUGAUCGCAACUCGCGACGGUGCCGAGAUCGAGAUUAAGUUGUAUGUGGCUAAAAACAAGCGUCCUGGAUCUGCAAUGGUGUUGCGCUACCACGGCGGAGGGUGGGUUGUUGGUGGGCAUUGUACUGAACAUUCCGAAAAUCUCAUGAUUGCCGGUUGGACAAAUUCAGUUGUGGUCAGUGUUGAUUAUAGACAGGCCCUCGAGCACAGAUUUCCGUAUGCAGCUAACGACUGCUUUGAUGCACUGAAAUGGUGCAGCAAAAAUGCUACUUCUCUCGGGGGCGAUGCAUCGAAAAUUAUCCUCAACGGAAGUAGUGCUGGUGGAAACCUAGCUAGUGUUGUGGCCAUCAUGGCCCGAGACGAAGGAUUCCAGGGUAUCAUAGCGCAAAUUCUUACGUUCCCGGUAACGUGCCAUCCCAAAUUCUUUCCCACAGAGGCGUAUGAAAUGGGUAGUUAUCAGCAAAAUUCCAAGGACAGCGUUGUUACUGCCGCGCGGAUGGAAUGGUUUUGGGAUGCGUACAUGCCGGAGCCGACAGCCGACUGGCGCUCCUCGCCGUUACUUGCACAGUCCCUGAAACAGUUGCCACCAACGUGUAAGUCACUGAUCAUUCAGUCCUAUUUUGAAGAUUCUGGGCUGGAGAAUUAUCUUUAG